CAAACGGGAACCUGACGUGCUGUGUAAACUUUCACCAAAAACUCAAUAAUUUUUUCUUUUUUUUUUCUUAGCAUCCCACUGCCAAAUUUCCCAGCCACCUCCCCCUCACCCAUACCUCCCACCGCAGCACCCUCCCCUCCAGCCUGGCCUCCCGGACUUGGCCCACCCAGCUCCCCCCCACGUCUCCACCAGGUAUCGGGGUGGCGCGCGCUCCUCUCCCCGCCCUCCAGGAUGGCAGUGCGGAAGCGGAAGAGGCUGCCGGGCCGGGAAGCUGCUUCUUAGCCGGCGGUGCCGGGUCGGGCCGCCGCGAUGACGAGCCCCCGGAGGGGCGCUGAGGGCCGCGCGCUGGGCGCCCCCGUCGCAAGCAGCAGCAGCGGCAGCCCGGGCAGCCCGGCGCACGGCGGCGGCGGCGGCAGGUUCGAGUUCCAGUCCCUGCUCAGCAGCCGCGCGCCCGGCGCCGAUCCCACCUGCGCGCGGCUCCGCGCGUCCGAGAGCCCGGUGCACCGCCGCGGCUCCUUCCCGCUGGCCGGGCCGGGCCCCGCGCCGGCGCCCCCGGGCCCGCUGCCCGAGGAGGCCCGCAUGGACUUGAACCCGUCCUUCCUGGGCAUCGCUCUGCGCUCCCUGCUGGCCAUUGACCUGUGGCUGUCCAAGAAGCUGGGCGUAUGCGCCAGGGAGCGCUCGGCCUGGGGCAGCGUGCGGCCCUUGAUGAAGCUGCUGGAGAUCUCGGGCCACGGAAUUCCCUUCCUGCUGGGCACCCUCUACUGCCUGUCCCGGAGCGACAGCUGGGCCGGUCGCGAGGUGCUCAUGAACCUGCUCUUCGCCCUGCUGCUGGACCUGCUGCUGGUGGCCCUCAUCAAAGGGCUGGUCCGCAGGCGCCGGCCGGCUCACAACCAGAUGGACAUGUUUGUCACCCUCUCGGUGGACAAGUACUCCUUCCCCUCGGGCCACGCCACAAGGGCCGCCCUGGUGUCGCGCUUCAUCCUGAACCACCUGGUGCUGGCCAUUCCACUGAGGGUGCUGACGGUCCUGUGGGCCUUCCUCGUGGGCCUCUCCCGGGUGAUGCUGGGACGGCACAACGUCACUGACGUGGCUUUUGGCUUUCUCCUGGGCUACCUGCAGUACAGCAUCGUGGACUAUUGCUGGCUGUCGCCCCACAAUGCUCCCCUGCUUUUUGUACUGUGGAGUCAACAAUGACACCAUCGCGUUGAUUACAGCACCAGGGGAGAUCAGGUUUCCAAAUUCAGUGAUGCCAACUAAGCCAGCUGCCAUUCCGCUUUCCCCUCCUAGAAUUUCAGGCUUACCUUGGGAUUUGUAGGGGUCCCACUAGCUUGAUGUGUGGCUAGGCUGGGGCACAUGUGGCCAUUGUUAAACACAGCCAUAUUAGAGAAAGCAACAUUGUAUUUAUUCAACAACUGUGUAUGUCUCCAGGAGGGCUGCAAAGAAACCAAGCUGGAGUGAUUACAAUGUUGCUGUUUUGGGUUUUUUUUUUAAUGACUUUAGUAAAAUGUGUGUUUUGUAGUGAUCCCAUAAGUCAACAUCUCACUUGUAAAUUGAACUUUGGAAAGGUAACAUGCUCUUGUUCUGUAAUACAGGCAGAUGAGCUGUGUGCUAAUCCUAGUCUUUUACAGACUUUAAACAGUAUUUUACGGGUCUCAGACAUAGGUUUUCCCACUUUAUUCCUGAAGGUCUAGUUGCCACAGUUGGAGAGAGUUCGCCUUAAUUUUCUCGGUAAGAUUUUUUUUUACAUUAUUGUCUUCCAUCUUUGCUCACUGGGUAUUGAGAAGAGAGGCGUAGUACUUGUCUCUCUUUUCCUCCCAACCUCCCAAAAGAUCUUUACGUAGGUGUUUGUUUUCCACUGCUUUCUCAUACUGUCUUCAGCAUUCAGAGGACAAGCCAAGAACUUAGUGAAGAAACACUUCAAAUUGGACACACCUGAGGUGCCAGUAGAAGAAGGAGGGGGGCCCACAUGCUUAGUUCUUUUGAGAAGAACAACUUGGUAUGACAAAAGCUAGAGAAGCUGAAUUGCUGGGCAAAGUCAGAGGAACUGAGAGAUCGAGGAAAAGCUGACCCCGUAUUUAUGGUCAGUGGACCAGUAUGGCAGGGAUGGGGCCUUCUACUGAAUAAAGAAUAAUGCUUCUCUAUUGGUGUAAUAGGAAGAAAAGCCUGGCAAUCUGCUUCCAAAAAUGUCAGCCAUUGAAAACCCUAUGGAGCAGAGUUCUACUCUGACACACAGGGUGCCACGAGCCAGGUCGGCGCCAUGGCAACUGGUGGCUUAUUGGGGUGAUAAAAUGGGAAAAUAAUGGAGGAGUGUAAGCUUUCUUAUACAAGGAUGACCGCGUAUACUCUAGUUUUUCAUAUGGAACUCUGUUUCUCUUAACGCAGCUCACUUUAGGUAACAGUAUUAACUCGAAGCUGCUCAGGAGGAGCCAUAACUCCUAAAUUCCUGUUUACAUUGACCAAAAACCAGAAAACCAAACCCAUUACUGUCAAAUCUUAAUCCCAACUCACAGUGACCCUAUAGGACAGAGCAGAACUGCCCCCUAGGGUUUCUAAGACUGUAAUCUUUAUGGAAGCCAACUGCCACAUCUUUCUUCUGCACAGCAGCUGAUGGGUUCAAACCACCAGCCUUCUGGUUAGCAGCCGAGUGCUUAACCACUGUGCCACCAGGGUUCCUCUUCCAGUGACCGCUUGGUUUCAAGUGGCUCACCUGUGGCGCCUCCCAGAAUCACAAGGCCAAAGACCACCAAAUGCAAGAUGGACUCCGCUUGCUGCUCUCUGACCAGGAAAGACAAAGGAGGUGGUGUGCUUUAAAUGCUGCUCUACCUAAAAGGAGAAGCCUGGAAUUACCUAGGCAACUGGUGUCGAGAUUACUCAUUUCUAAACAGGAAGGACUGUGGACUUAAUCCUACAGAGAUGCUGGUGCAGGUUCUGAUGGGGUGGAAGAGUGAACUGCCAGGGCGGAAGGGCUCCCUGGAAGAGGGACGGUGACUCCUCAGAAAAAGAAGAAAACCACUCGCAUCCCACCACACCCCGACCACCAGCUACCUCUUCACCUGUGAGUCAGCCAAACUAAAGCACCACGUGUUCGGGUUGUUGUUUAACCUUAAAGGAAUCCUUUCUUUUCAUCGCAGCAAUUUUCCGGCCAGAUAUUUGGAAGCAAUGGCAUUUCCUCUGGUGGCGGUCACAAGUCUGAAUAUUGGGUUUUGGAAAUAAGGCUUACAGUCUGGUUUGUGUUCUGGAAUUCCCUGUCUGGCUGGGUCCUGAGUAUGCUGCCUUUAAAGCACAGCUCAGCUCACCUGACGGUUUUUGGAAUAUCCCAAGUUGUACAGUACCAUGAUUGUACACUGAGGAAUGUCUUUUAAAAAUCAAAAUAAAAUUCGCUAAUAAUGUUGAAUAAAACGAGAUGAAAACUUGUUCACUUUUUGCUUUGGAGAGAACUUGUUAGGUGCCGUCCAGUCAGUUCCAACUCAUAGCCACCCUGUUUACAACAGAACAGUACACUGCCUGGUCCUGUGCCAUUCUCACAUUCCGUGUUAUGCUUGAGCCCAUUGCUGCGGCCACGGUGUCAGUCAAUCUCACUGAGGGUCUUCCACUUCUUGCUGACCUUCUACCAAACAUGAUGUCCUUCUCCAGGGACUGGUCUCUUCUAUAGUGAGGAGGGAGACUGGUUUAUCCUCAGCUUCUCAAGAAUCCCUUCAUCUCUGACACAAUUUUGAGAGCUUGUAGUGAGUUAGUCUGGCCCUCUUUGCUGUCAGCAAACUGAGACAAAACCAGGAAAUGCUGAUCACCUUUGUUUCAGAGCCAUGUGUGUGAUGCUGUUUGCCACUUCUAUGGAGGCUGGCACUGCUGUAGUUGUUAGGUGCCGUCAAGUCAGUUCUCACUCACAGUGACCCUGUGUACAACAGAAUGAAACACUGUCCAGUCCUGUGCCAUCCUUAAAGUCAUUGCUAUGUUUGAGCCCAUUGCUGCUGCCACUGUGCCAAUCCAUCUUGCUGACCCUCUACCAAGCACAAUGUCCUUCUCCAGGGACUGGUCCCUCUGGAUUACAUGUUCAAAGUAAGUGAGCAGUCUCACUGUCCUUGCUUCUAAGGAGCACUCUGGCUGUACUUCUUCCAAGAUAGAUUUGUUCGUUCUUCUGGUAGUCCACGGUAUAUUCAAUGUUCUUCGCCGACACCAUAAUUUAAAGGCAUCAAUUCUUCAGUCUUCCUUAUUCACUGUCCAGCUUUCCCAUUCAUAUGAGGUGAUUGAAAAUACCAUGGCUUGGGUCAGGCACAACUUAGUCCUCAUGGUGACAUCUUUGCUUUUUAAUGCUUUAAAGAGGUCUUUUGCAGCAGAUUUGCCCAGUGCAAUACAUCAUUUGAUUUCUUGUGUUUCCACGGGCGUUGAUUGUGGGUGCAAGUAAAAUGAGAUCCUUGACCACGUCAGUGUUUUCUCCGUUUAUCAUGAUGGUGUUUAUUCAGUUACCAGGAUUUUUGUAUGGGGCAACU